AUGUUCGCACCCAUCACCGCCCUCUUUGCCGCCACGGCCUUGCUGCCGGGGCUGGCAUCCGCCACCGUGCUCAGCGGGUCGGGCACGAUAUCAGUCCUUAAUUCCAGCUCCUUCACAACCGCGACCCCGGAUAUGAACAUCGGCUGCGUCGAUGCCACGGGCAAGCUUGUCGUGGAUGAGUGCGCGACCUUCACCUUCCGCGACACGUACCCGUAUGGCGUCUCCACCAGCGCAGGGAACUGCUCCUUCACCAACUCGUCGCAGCAGGCGAACACGGACAGCCACUACGGGGCGAACAGCUAUGCCUGGUCGUGCUGGCCUCACGAGGCCGCGGUGACAGAUCAGCUGUACACCAUCGAUGGAAUGGCAUACAACUUUCUCUGCCAAGGCGAUACGGACUGCUACUAUGACAUCCCCAGUGCUCCAUCAGGGGUCAGCCAGCAGCUGCCGGUCUGGAGAUUCACAUGGGGCAGCGCACAGCCGGGAAUAACGCCGGGUCACCUGAAGACUCUGUUUCUGUGGGAGCCCACCUCGUCCUCGUGA